GGCCGCGCCGAAGGCCGGGCGGGCCGCAGAGGUAGACCAAGACCACCAUUAUUUUGCCGUUUCUGAAAGUGUUUGAAGGCAAAAAUUCAGGUGUUGCUGGGAGCAAUGGAAGGUCACAAGGCAGAAGAAAAAGUGUUAGAUAUUCUUCGACUGAACGUCAGUGGCUGUAUUUAUACAGCCAGACGGGAGUCCUUGUGCCGCUUUAAAGAUUCCAUGCUGGCAUCCAUGUUCAGUGGUCGUUUUCCUCUAAAAACAGAUGAAUCGGGGGCUUGUGUUAUUGACCGUGAUGGACAUCUAUUUAAAUACCUUUUGGAUUAUCUUCAUGGAGAAGUUCACAUUCCCACAGAUGAGCAAACCCGCAUUGCUCUGCAGGAAGAGGCGGAUUACUUUGGCAUCCCUUAUCCGUACAGCUUGUCUGACCACUUGGCCAAUGAAAUGGAGACAUAUUCUUUAAGGUCAAAUAUAGAACUUAAAAAGGCUCUAACAGACUUCUGUGAUUCAUAUGGUUUAGUUUGCAAUAAGCCAACAGUCUGGGUUCUCCACUAUCUUAACACAUCUGGUGCAAGCUGUGAGAGCAGAAUUAUUGGUGUAUAUUCCACAAAAACUGAUGGAACAGAUGCUAUUGAUAAGCAGCUGGGAAGAAGAAUUCACAGUAAAAGCAUUUUUAAAAGAGAGGCGGGAAAUAAUGUUCAGUACAUUUGGAGCUAUUAUUCAGUAGCUGAACUGAAGAAAAUGAUGGAUGCCUUUGAUGCCUGGGAAGGAAAAGGUGUUAGCUACUGGCGGGUGCCUCAUGAGCUGAUAGAAUGUUGGACUCUGGAAGAGCGGCCCUUACUUGGAAGCCUCCAUCACAUGGCCCCAAUUCGAAAGAGGAGACUGAUGGCGUUCAACGAAGAGGAAGACGAAGGUGUGAAUUGUAAGACUGGUCCCAAGCCAGUCAGAUUUCUGGGCCCUUCCACCAGCACCCAAAUUAAAGUCAAGAACUCGGCGUCGGUCAGGGUGUCCCCGGCUGGCACCCUGCAGUCUGCCUGCGGAAAGGCAGCGCUGCGCUCCGAGCCGCCCAAGGCUCCGUCCCCGAAGGGCACUGCGCUGCCGGGGCAGCCCCAGGCUCCUCGUGGGGCCGGGAGCGCUGAAAACGGAGCCGCGCACCCACCUCCCGCCAAGGUCCUGCUCUCGGACAAGAAGGCCGCCCCGCCCCGAGUCAUAAAACUGAAGCGGACUCCCCUGUGCGCCGCUGGGCCAUCCCCGCCUGCGGGCGCCGCAGCCAGGCCCGCGGGGCCCCCGGUGUCGGCCUCGGAAGCCCCCGGCGCGCACGCGCGGACUGAAAACGGGCGGGGCCAGGCUGAUUGAUGGAAGCGUGGGCGCCGGACCUCCCGCUCGCCUCCCGGAGCACCUGACCGGUGCGCGGCACAGUAGUGGUGCUGUUUCUUGGUGCAGUAGGGUUGGGAACUUGGGUUUCUCUUUAGGAUCAUUACGGGAAAAAUGAAUUGUGUCACGUGGGAAUGGAAGAGGGAGACUUUAAGUGGUUGGGCCUAUCUUCUCCCAGUUUUGAAAUGGUUGUCUACUGACAGUUUGAAUUCAGGUUUUUAAUUUUUUCUUUGAUGGUUCAUUGGUGUAAAGGCAACAAAACAUACAGUGAAAUCAUCACUAGAGAAGUCCACCUUGUUGGUGAAUAAUUAUAGACUAGGCACUCCUAAUGUUACUCAUUGCUGCCCAUGGCUGAAUGGGGUUCCAUAUUCCCUUCCCUGUACUGUGUCACAGCCAAGAGAUUUGAGAGAAAAUGCAGACCCAGGUGAACUCCCUGCAGGUUUUAUUCUGUCUCAGAGGUCUUCCUGAAAAGAAAUGAGGAGGGGAAAAAAAAGUAAUUUAAGAUCAUACUUUGACUCAAUUGAACUUUUUUCUUUUCCUAGAUUGUUUUUUUCUUACUCUUUUUUGCUAGCAGAUUUAUUUAUAGAGCACAAGAAGAUGUCUUGGAAUGAGAACUGUGUAGCACGUCUUCGGAAUGAAUCGUUAAAAUAUUUUAAUUUGGAUAGUGAAGUUCUGAAAGUACUUUGAAAAAGAAGUUAAACGUUAACUUUUAACUAAAGUUACUACUUGUUUCUCAGGAAUGACCACUGAGGAGUCAUUCUGACUAUACAAUAUGAUUUUUAUGCAUAAAAUUCCCACUUAACUUGAACUUAAUAUUUUUAAACAGAAUAUUUUGAUUAAUCCUCUAUUUUUUCACAACUCUUCAGUUGUAUGUGUUUACUCUUACAUGUUAAGUUUUAUAAUUGGAUCCCAUAUUUCUACCUUCAGUAAGCAGUAUGCCUUCAAUGUAUUAAACGUUAAGUUCAUAAAGCAGGGUAUUUUUUAUUCAGUGCUUAUCAUUGUACUUGCAUUACUUUGAAAGAGUAAACAUACUCAAAACAUUAUUUCUUACAAAAUAAAGUAAAAAUUUUCCAUGAAAAGUAACAUUUUCCAUGACUGUACUUAUUUUUAAGCCUUAGAACCCUUUGAGGUUUUUUGUUUAUGUAGUUUAUUUAUCAUAAAAUUCCUUUCUUGUCUAGGUAAUAUAUGAAAUAAUUAAACCAAUUUUGGAUAGCUAUCCAGAUACCAGCAGCCUUUUAUUAGGUGUUUUAUUUGGCUAGGAAAAAAGUGAAUAUUCAGCUGAUGGUUCGUGAAUGACAUUCCCCUGUGGAAUAUAAAAGUAGUCACCUUGAAAAAUAGUAUUACAAAGAAUCCAAGCAUUCUGAAAAUCAAAGAUCACAGUGAAUUUUGAGAACUUCCAUUUCAGACAUUACUAGUAUUGCUUGAUCUAGGACAUUUUGAAUUGCUGAUUCACAUAAGAAUAUUUUAUGCCAAUGGUACCAAUGAACUUGCUUGAUGCAGGGUUGCCAUGAAAUCUUCAAUCUGUAAAAAAUGCAGUAUUUAUGAAGCACAAUAAAGCAAAGUGCAAUUA